AUGUUCGCCAAGAGCAGUGGUCUGGCUGGUGGAUGGGGAUGGGAUGACUAUACAAUAAUUGUCUCCUAUAUCCUAGGAGCUGCUAUAUAUGUUCUGGAUAUCUACAUGCUCCGCAAUGGCUUUGGUCGAAAUAUCUGGGACGUCCCUUUUCCCUCAAUUACCAGGUUCUACCAGUAUUUCCAAGCCAUGGCCGUUAUGUACAAGAUUCAAAUUUCCCUUGCAAAGAUCUCUGUGUGCCUCUUCCUACUCCGCAUCUUCCAGGCACGCACAUUCCGCUAUUUAGCAUACGGGCUCAUCGUUACCAACGCCGCGAUCGGUAUCACUUGGGCCUUUGUGGAUGCAUUCCGCUGCUGGCCGACACGCCUGACAUGGGUCGGCUGGAUGCAUGAGGAACCGGGGUAUUGCAUCGAUUUUAUCGCAGCGGUUCUUGUUAACUGUUUGGUGAACAUCUUUGUCGACUGUAUAUUGAUCGUCAUGCCGGUGUAUGAGGUGAUCAAACUCCAGUUGCCUCUGCGAAAGAAGCUAGCUGUGGCAUCAAUGUUUAUCGUGGGCUCUGUUCUAACAAUCAUCGCGAUAAUCCGAGUCGUCGUCUUCUGGACUAACCGCUGGGGUGCCAAUGAGACUCUCGGCCUAUACCCCCUCAUGCAUUGGUCCGUCAUUGAAUCUCAAAUUUCUGUUAUGUGCGCAUGUCUGCCUGCAUUCAGAGCUGUCGUUGGCCGAUGGUUCCCCCGAUUCCUGGGAGGAUCAUCCCACCAGACGGAUCCAUCUAACAUGGCUGAGUACUAUAACAAAAUGCCUACCGCGAACAGCAAUAUCAACAAGUCUGUUACCUACUCGGUGAAUUAUGAGACUCGGUCAGCGGGGAAUAGUGAUGUGGAAUUGGUGGAGGUUCCGAAACGUGGGCAAUGA